UCCCUCCCUGUUAUCAGAGGAGGUCUGCAGGUUGAGCCUCACUGUGUUUGCGUUGGCUUGGUAGCAUGGCGUCCCUCGGCCUCCUGCUGCUCAGCGCCGCACUGAUCCAGAGCGCCCAGCCUUUGCCAGCAGCUCGUGGCAGAGGGGGGCGUGGCCUGGAUAUGUCAGUGGGCGGAGUCAGACGCCAGCGCAGAGACCUCCGGGACGUGCUGCCUUAUGAGGACCAGAUGAUGUCCUUCCCGGGAACACAGGCAGGGGGCGGGGCCAAUGAAUUAUAUUACCAAUCGGAUGACUGGAGGGGGCGGGGCUUGGACCAGGCCCUGAAGCGAUUGGUGGAAAGAGAUCAGCGGAGGGAGGAGGAGGAGGAGGAGCAACGAGCAGCCUACCUGGGUGCUCUGCUGCGCCUGCUGAGCCAGGCGGAGAGCGCCGGCUUGGUUGGUCCGGGUGACGUGGAGGUGGUGGAGGAAGAGGAGGAUGAAGAGGAUGAUCAGGGGCCCCAGAGUGACUUCCGGGGACCCGUGCCUGCAGACUAUGAUGAGACGGGGCGGGGGCUGAUGAGCAUGGGGAGGCCCGAAGCUGCCUGGUGGGGCCUGGUGGAGCCCCGGCUGGCCCAGGCCCUGUUGGACCGGAUGGAGCCACGGCUGGCUCAGACUCUGCUGGAACGAGCCAAUCAGGAGAGACUUCAGCACAUGAGAGUCCAAUCAGAACCGAGCCGAGACCAGGACACCCUGAGGCGGCUGGUUGCUAGGAUACUGUCGAGCAUCAGCGCUAACGACGCAAUGGCAAUCUCCUCCACUCGCCCGAGAGCGAGGAGGGACCUGUCCGUCAACUCUGUCCAGACCGCCGUUGGUCCGAUGCACAAGAGGAGCCGUCGCUCUCUGGAUGACCCGACUCCAACGUCUGCGACCAACGACUCCCCUCUCCUCAGGGUGAAGAGGCUGGAGGAUGUCGAGGAGGAAGAGGAGGAGAAGCUCCGUCCCCACGUUGCCGCCACCACCGGGCUGCAGAGGAUGAAGCGCAUUGACAGCAUGGUGGACGAGGAAGAACUGAAUGGUGGGAGCCGUCGGCGCCGAAGAAGAGCCGCCCUGAAUUAUGACCCCCAGUUAUUAAUUGAUCAGAUUCUGGAGUAUAUGAGGGUUUGAGAGGAGGAGGAAGAUAAGAUAUUUAUCAUUUUUCCAGUUAUUUUCACUGUUUUUAGGUUUUUCUGCCGCUUCUGUGAAAAAUUAACCAGACUGGUUGAAGAAAAGAUUAUGCUUUUUCUCAGAAAUAACCCAUUUGUAUGUCUCUCUGUGGCACAUCUUCACACCACUCCACUACUGUACUGGUCCAAUUAUAAGACAUCACUUUUUCAAAGCUAUUUCCAAGAAGAAAAACACAGGUCUCAUAUUUGGAACACUACGGUACACCAUUACACAACCAGUUCAUGUGUUCCAGUUGUCUUGGAGCUCAGGAUCCCUUAUUGACCUUUGGCUAAGAGCUGACACAGUGCACAAACAGACGAAGGGCAUUGAACUACCAACUAUCCAGAACUUGGAUAUUGUGAAUGCACAUCUCUGUGGAAAAUCAUUAGAGCUGGUCACACUGGGGUUGUUUUCUGAGCUAUUUAAUUAACUAAAUUAAGAUGCAAAACUGGUAAAGCUACGUAUGUGCCUGGGACAUGUGCAACUGCGAUAUGAGGAAUCCCAAAAGGGUGAGAAACAGGUUUUAUUUCAUCCCAUUUUUCCAAUGGAAAGGCAAUAUCUUGUAUAAUUUUAGCAAUCUAGUCACAUAAUAUCAAUCACAUAACACUAGGAGUGAUGAAAUUCCUUAAACUAACCGCCUAGCUUACAUGACUGAAUGUUAGAUGAGGCUUCUUCCUCUUGAUUUGAAGUUGCCACAUCGAUAAGAAACUUCACAGCUUUUCUGAUCAGUAACUACGGGAGUGUGGGAGUGGGCCUUACUCAAAGGUCAAUUAAAAGUUAGGAAAACAACAAAGUUUAUGCCAAAAUGUCACGAAGAAGCCGCCGUAUUGAAAACGCACCUUAGAAGAAUGGGGAGUUAAAAUUUUGAAUUCUGACUUUAAGUAGUUUGUUAGCAUUUCAUUACAGCAUUUAUACAACUUGGAAUUCUGAGCCCUGGUGACAACUGGAACCCACUAUGAUCCUCAAGCGUACGGCUCUGUGAUUGGCUGGCGGGUGGUGGCAGUAACCAAGGCCCCUGUGA